AUGGCUCUACAUAACCAAAUCUUGCUUCUCAUUUCCCUUUCUUUUCUUGUUUUUCAACUCAACAUUGCUACCCCCAGCCCCUCCCCUGCCCCUAUUUCUUACAUUUCUUCAUCACCAAAUGGAUCACCAUCCACACAAAAUGUUGAAAUUCCAACAAAUGAUCAAGUUUCACUUGGAAACAAAGAUGCUGUAAACCAUUAUGUUGAUUCCUUAAUGGAAAAAACAGUGUCUAAGACAGAAAAUUUCAUUGACAGCGUUGUCGAAAAACGAUUGUCUGAUCCAGCAGCAGAUCCUUUUGCUAAAGACUGUCUUUUGGUAUGCAAAGAAGUGUACGAGAAUGCAGUUGAUGCAAUGAAAAAAACCAUUGAAGAUGUUAAUAGAGGAUCUUAUUACAGUGCUAAUGUUGAUCUUAGUGCUUUGACUACUGAUUUAGAAACUUGUAUGGAUUGUAUUAAGGAGAUAUAUGGUGAUGAUCAAGAAUUCAUGUCAUUUGAUGAUUGGGCAGGCAAAAUUACUGAAGAUGCCUUGGAAAAAAUUGUGGGCUUUAGCAGUUAA